ACCGGCGACCCGUGAUAAAUUACCCGGCCUGCCACGAGGCGGGUUUGGGUAUCAAGAAACCCGCCCCCGGACCUGCCCCAUUGCCAUUCCUAGGAGCACGGGCCAAAAAACUAGUUUCAUAUUAAACAAACAAAUUUCUUUGAUAUAGUGAGGCAUGGGUAAGAGAUAUAUAAGAUUAUAGUCGAGUGAUUAAGACGUUAGAUUAUCGAAAAAUAGUAUAAUGUUAGAUUUUAGUAGUGUCUCAUGUUCAAAUUUAUAUAAUAAAUAUUCCUCUACAUUAAAGGCAAGAAUAAAUUUGUUGAUAUAUUUUGUAUGACUUUUCUUCAUAUUUAGAAGUGUGUAUAUUAUUACAUACAAUCCCACUAUGCCUCAAAUGUACAACUAGACAAAGCAUAUGUUGGUCAUUGUGAUAAAUAUAAGUCGUUGGUAUUCUAGAAAGAAAACAAGAGAGAGUGUUUUGUGUUGAAAAUAUACAAAUUUUAUGCUGCUUGCAAUUGACUUUAUAGUGUAGGCGCUUAAUUUUUGCUGAAAAGUCUUAAUCGAAUAUGAAAUAUUUCAACGUCUAAAUUUUCUUCUAACUGUAAAAAUGAUGUCUAGAUUUCAGCAAUAAAGAGGGAGAAAUGAUUGAAAAAGGAGGGGCUAAAACCCUUAUUAUGCACUUAUUUCUCUCCAUGAUUAUUCUUGUUAUUACUACGAGUAGAAUGGUUCCACUUUCCUGCUUAUUUAUAACAGAAUGAAAACCCAAAAGUAUUAGAAUGCGGGAGAAGAAGACAGAGUAAAAAUUGCCUAAAACGGUGGGUUAUUGCAAAAUUGACGUCAACACAUUUGGGGGAAACUAACUUCACUCUUCAAAUCUCAACCAUAAAAUGGAAUUCCUUCAAAAAUCAAAAAAUAAAUCUACUUUUAAAAAACAACCAAUUAAACCAAAACCAAACAAUCAUUAGAUUCAUUCACAACUCCAAAACAUAGAACAACAAACACAGAAACAAAACAACACAGAAACAACAAAAUUUGUGAGGAGCUGCAAAUCAUUUCUUCUACACUCAGUUCUUCUCAUAACAACACAAUUAUAAUUUCCAUCAUUGUCAUAAUAUUCCUUCCCUAAAUUUUGACAUUGGAAAGAAACCCUUUUCCCCCCCUCUCAUCUUUCUCCCUCUCCGUUUCCAUGAUUCACAGACCAAAAUACUAAGCCUUUUUCUGGGUUUGGUCUCUCAAACAGAAAAGAAAAAACCAUUUCAGCUUUUGCAAACAAAGUUGAAGACAAAAAAAAAAAAAAAAAAAAGAGAGUAAAGAAUGGUGAAGCCGUGUUGGAGACCCUGCAUUGAAGAUGACACGAUGGGGAGAUUGGAUGGAUUGGUGUGGCAUAAGGAUUUAGGAAGCCAUGCUUAUGGAGAAUUUUCCAUGGCUGUCAUUCAAGCCAACCGCAUGUGUGAAGAUUACAGCCAGCUUGAAUCUGGUCCUCUGAGCUCCUUCAUCUCCGGUGACCAUCCUCAGGGCACCUUCGCCGGCGUCUACGAUGGCCAUGCCGGCUCCGAGGCUUCCAAAUUUGUCAGCCACAAUCUCUUUUUCAAUCUCAAGAAUAUCGUGUCGGAGAGACGAGAAGUGUCGGAAUCGGUACUCAAGAAGGCAUUCUCGGCGACAGAAGAGGAUUUUUUAUCAUUGGUGAAGAAGCAGUGGAUGAACAACCCCCAAAUCGCUUCGGCAGGGACGUGCUGCCUCGCCGGCGUUUUGCACGACGGUGUGCUUUUCGUCGCCAAUGCCGGAGAUUCCAGGGCGGUGCUCGGAAGAGUGGAGAGAGGGAGUAAGAGAGCCUCGGCGGUACAGUUGUCCAACGAACAUAAUGUCAACAUCGCAUCCGUUAGAGAAGAGCUCUACGCUUUGCAUCCCGACGACUCUCAGGUUGUCAUCAUGAAGCAUAAGUGUUGGCGUGUUAGAGGCCUCAUUCAGGUGUCGAGAUCGAUUGGGGAUGUGUACCUAAAGAGGGCUGAGUUUCAAAGAGAGCCCCUGCUUCCCAAAUUCAGAUUAACAGAAACAUUCGAGAAGCCGAUACUAAAUUCAGAGCCGGAAGUGACUGCCCACAAGCUCCAGCCAGAGGACCAUUUUGUAAUUUUCGCAUCUGAUGGUUUAUGGGAGCAACUCAGCAACCAAGAAGCCGUCGACAUUGUCCACAACUUUCCUCGCAAUGGAAUCGCCAAAAGGUUACUGAAAGCUGCGCUGCAUGAAGCUGCAAAGAAGAGAGAGAUGAGAUACGCGGAUUUGAAGAAGAUCGACCCAGGAGUCAGAAGACAUUUUCACGACGACAUAACGUUGAUCAUUGUGUUUAUAGAUUCUCAUUUGGUUAGUAAGAGCCCUCUCCCGCCUUACUCGAUCAAAGGAGGUGUUUUCCCUCGUUAACACUUCAAAGGCCAUGAAAGACGUUGUAGCCCUUUUCCUUCCAAUAGUCCUUUCUUGGAAAACAGAGCACUGUAUUUAGCGAAACAGUGUUCAAAGAAAAAUCACAAAUAGUGAAAAAAUUCAAAGUUAAAGAUACAAUAUGGUAAAAUUGGUUAUAGAUAUGUGUGAUGGUAGUAGUAGUAGGCUAUAUUAGUAAUAGAGAUCCCAAAUUUGGAUCCCGUCGAGCCGGGAGUCUGUUAUAUCCUGAAUGUGUAAAGUCCGUAAUUGUAAUUCAAAUACUGCCAGGGUGUUUUCCGGCGAGAAAACUUGCGUUGAAACGAAUUGAAUGCACCUUGACUUCUUUGGACAACGAUCACUAAGACACGGUUCACACCUCUUCAAACACAGUUCGAACGAGGGUGUUCGAUGUUUACACGACUCACGAGAUAGAAUCUAAAUUAAAUUACCCUACUCCUAUGGAGGUUCAGUGAGAGCUCUAGAUCUACGACUACGCUAAAGUUGCAGAGGAAAAGAUAAAGGGAUAAAAUUAGACAUUGUGUUGUCUGGUUUGUAUUUUGACCACCUUUUCUCUGACAACUCUUCCUCCUAUUUAUAUGCUUGAGGUGAUAACUGUCGUAGAAAACUGUUUGGAGAGUAACUUCCAAAAGGAACUGUUUCCCUUCUUUCUCGGACGUGGCUAACGUGUCCUUGAAUGUGGAGUAAUUGACAGUUUCUCAAUCAAACCGCCGGUUCUCCCUUUUGGAACUGACGUCUUGUUACUUGCCCUUUCCUUUACCAUGGCUAUUCCAGAUCUCGUGACGAGGCGGUUUGUCAAACAUGAUGACAACGCUACGAGGUGGUUUACCAAACUUGACGCGAGGAGGCUUGUCGCGACGAGGUGGUCUACCAAACUUUACGCGAGGAGGCUUGGCACUUGGACUUAGCAGAGGCUUGGCGGACUUGCGACAAGGUGGCCUGGCAGACUCGCAAUGUGGUUUAGACAAGGAAGGAGGCUUGUCGCGAUGAGGCACCAGACUUAUCACGCGUCAUGUCAGGCCUAAUCGUUUGGGUUUAAAAAUCUAGUAUCGUAGGCCCAGUUUAAAUAACAUUAAUUGUUAUUGUUGAUCUGGCCUUAUAAAGACAGUUAAUGUCUUGUAAAUAAUCAAUGCGGUACACGAUUAUUUUUUUUAGUGUAAACACAGGGUAAAUACAUUUAUUUCUUUAAGAAAUUUAUGGUUUCGGGAAUACGACCGACCACUCUAAUUUGGUUUGAGUUUUCUAGUACCAUAUAAAUAGAUCAAGGUUACACAGAAGAAUAUAAAUUUUUCUUGAGCACUUCUACUAUGCUAUAUAGUAUUGGUGUUUUAAUGUACAACUUAAAGUUGUACCAUAACAUUAAAUGUAUAAGUUUAGGUUGUACCAUAAAGCAAUUUGUACCAUUAUGUUAUGGUACAACUUUACAACUUGAAGUUAUACAAUCACAUAAAGGUACAAGUUCAAGUUGUACCAUAAAAGAAUUUGUACAAAAAGUAUAGGUACAAUCUGAAGUUGUACCAUAAUCGUAAAUGUACAAUUUUAAGUUGUACCAUAAAGGCAAAACCCUAUA